AUGGAUGUCCUUCUAUCUAGAACCGCUCCAAAGAGGCGCGCCUCUUUGUCUCUUAUAUUCGGCUCGCAGAAACCAACGUUCGCAGCAGCCCUAGACGAAAAGCCCACCCGGUACUAUGAUUUUGUCGACACGCCUUCCCCCCCUAAACGUCCGUCGCCAUUUAUUAGUCGACAAGAGAUAUCUCCAGAGCUAGAGUCGAAAAUCAGAUUUUCCUGUUCCUUACUUGCGUACCAAAUCGAACAAGGAAUCCCCUCUCUCGCUAACAACCAGGGGGACCGCGACGCGGCACAAGAUGAACAGGGGGAAAGCAUUACAACAGAAGCCCAGCUUGCCUUGAAGGCUCCAAUUUCAAAUCCCAGACCAAAGACGGCUUCGGCAACAGGGUACGACUCUGGUGUGGGUCUCACACAACAGCCGAGUAUACAAACUAUGAGAGUGCAACACUCCCAGUCUGGUGAUGCGUCAGACACCGGAGACACAAGGGAUAUCUCGAUAUUCAGCAACCCUAGAACAAGCACAUCAUGCUCCAAUACCAGCACCGAGCCCUCAUAUCCCCAAUCCUCAACUCAGAGUCCUAGGACAAACGAACCCAAGUCUACAACAGGCGCCAUGAUAACAGGAUACAGACAACCAAAAUGGACACGAACCACAAAGGCCUUCCUUUCUGAAUCCCCGAGCUCACCCAUCCCGUCAGGAUCAGCACCCGGAAAGGAGGAUAUCGAAGACACUAAACUUUUCCUCAACCCAACCAGCACCAUCACAAAUCUAUCUUCUGAAACUUUAACCCUAUCGAGUCACCCUUCCCCAAGCUUAGGGCUAACUAGAGUUUCCGCGGCAACUCAACACCAGAAACCCACCUUCACAUCUUAUGCUCACGCAAACUCCAACUUAAGAAAGUCCCGCAGCAUUAUAAUUGAUACCGCCGGGAUCGCCCACCUCCUAACGCCCGACGAGGAAGCCCAGCGCAAUAAAGCGCUCCAACACGCCGUUCUCUCGAAGAUGACGCCAGGGAUUAUGAGAUACAACCCUACUCAGGAACCUUCCCGGCAACAGAACAAGCAGCGGAGUACAUCUGACGGUUACAUCUGCAAGACACAUCAUGGAAAUGAAGGAAAUUCUCCUUCUCAGAAGUCAAGAAGCGGGUCUAGGGUAGGUGUAUCUUGGACGGGUAUCAAGGCGGCAUUGCAUCCAUCCAGAUGGAAGGGCACAGAUACGGGCUCGCGCAGAUUGAAGAAUCAGGUGCCGCUGGUCAAAAACCUCAGUAGGCUCUUCGGAAAAGGGAGUGAGUAG